CAUCCGCACAGAGCAGCUAAAGAACCACCGCCUUGACUUCUCGCAUGUCGCCAACAUGAACGUCUUUCUGUCCUCGAUGGACCUCUUUUCCCGCGUCAACACGGUCUAUGGCACCUUUUUCGGUAGCAGCCCGCCCGCCCGUGCCUGCGUUGCUGCGAAUCUCGUUGAACCCCUCCGUGUACAGAUCGAAUGUGUGGCGUACGCGGAGAGAAACCUUUCCGAGCGACAGGCGCUGCAUGUACAGGGCCUUAGCUAUUGGGCGCCCGCGAACAUUGGGCCAUACUCUCAAGCUGUCAUUGUGCGUCCAUCCACAAUCAAACACAGAGGGGCCUUAAAGAUGUACUGCAGAUUCGGGACCAGCGUGUCUUCGUCUCAGGCCAGAUAGGUCUUAUACCCAGUACCCUAACCCUCCCGUCCCCUCAGUCGUUGGCGACGGAGACAGCUCUGGCGUGUCAACACGUCGAUCGCGUUGUGAAAGCUCUACAAAGCAACUCAGGAGGCGGCUGGGAGGGACACAUACAGCUUGCUCUGUACUGGAUGCUCAACUUUGGCGAUCUUCCGCACGUGAAAAAUGCCAUCAGGGACUUGGUACGUGUUAUCGCCUUACCUUGUAGCUCACUUGCCUUGAGC